AUGCCCAAAAAGAAGAAACUCCCCAUCCCCUCCUCAGAAGAACCCCCCCUUCCCCACCCAAGAACAAACCUCACCCCACCCCCCCUCUCCCCCUCCGCCAUCAUCACCCCCACCGGCACCCUCACGCCCUUCGACCUCGCCCUCGCGACCGACCUCCGCGACCUCUCCCUCGUCACCUUCGACAUCCUCAACCACAAAACCCUCACGCCCAGCACCCUCUCCCACCUCGCGCCCGACUUCACCUCCACGACCGAACUCCCCGACCACCCGGCGCAGCACGCCCACGACCGCGACACGCACCUCGCGCACGUCCGCGACUGGAUGGCCGACAACCCGGGGUUGUUUUGUAAGGUGCUGAAUUGUAGUGUUAGGCUGGGGAAUGAAAGAAGGCGGGCGACGGUCUGGUUGACGAAUGUGUUGGGGGUUACCGGGGGGAAGGGGGAGGUUAGGCUGAGGAGGGAGAGUGUUAGUAUUUUGGAGUGGGAGAAGAGGGGGUUGGGAGAGGAAGAAGGUGGGCAUGGGACGGGGAGGAAGGGGUGGAUUUGUUAUCAGACGAGGAGUUUGAGGGGGAGUGGGUUUUUGACGGAUGUUUUGUUUUGA